UCAGCCAGAGAAGAAGAAACCUAGAGCUGAGCAUCUGAUUGGACAGGAGGCCUGUCACUCAAACAGUGUUUCACAUCAGGUGUGAGUCGGGCGGAGGUGCAGAGCAGCAAUCAUGGUGGCCCUGUCACUAAAGAUCGGCGUGGGGAACGUGGUGAAGACCAUGCAGUUUGAACCCUCCACCAUGGUGUACGACGCCUGCCGCAUCAUCAGGGAGAGAGUUCCUGAGGCGCAGCUCGGCCAGCCCAACGACUACGGGCUGUUCCUGUCUGAUGAAGACCCAAAGAAAGGCAUCUGGCUGGAGGCAGGAAAGGCCCUGGAUUACUACAUGUUGAGGAAUGGAGUGAGUCACACUCAGACACCACAAAGUGCAACAAAUACUUCUAACACGGAAGAAAUGGAAAGAAGAGAAUGGUUAAAAUUAGAACCUGAGCAGCUGAUGUGUGUGUGUGUGUGUGUGUCAGGCAUCACAAACUAUGACGAGUACUCGCUGGUGCGAGACAUCGGCGAGGAGAAGAAGGAGGAGACCACAGGGACACUGAAGAGAGACAAGACUCUGCUGAGAGACGACAAGAAGAUGGAGAAGCUGAAGCAGAAACUUCACACAGACGACGAGUUGAACUGGUUGGACCACGGCAGGACGCUGAGGGAACAGGGCGUGGAGGAGACCGAGAUGCUGCUGCUCAGGAGGAAGUUCUUCUACUCAGAUCAGAACGUGGACUCCAGAGAUCCCGUCCAGCUCAACCUGCUCUACGUGCAGGCCCGUGACGACAUCCUGAACGGCUCUCAUCCCGUCUCCUUUGACAAGGCCUGUGAGUUUGCAGGUUAUCAGUGUCAGAUUCAGUUCGGCGACCACAACGAGUCCAAACACAAGCCUGGAUUCCUGGAUUUGAAGGAGUUCCUUCCCAAAGAAUACAUCAAGCACAAAGGAGAGAAAAAAAUCUUCCAG